AUGCGAGAAGAGAUGGACACCGCUCGUGAUGAUAGACCCUUGAAACGUAAUCGUAGCACACGAGACGACUUGGAACAGAUUCAUAAUUACCAUGGCUUAAAUACGACAACAAAUUUCGAAGGCAUCGCAGGCGCACAUUUCGAGAGAUUAUAUUCGGUAAAUGUGAUCGCGAAGAUUUGGGGUGUCGCCCAGAGAGCAUUUUCGAGACCAACCCCGCCGAUAUUGUUCCCGGAAUACACCAAACCUGGGGAUAUAGGAUAUGUUUAUCGCGAGUUGGACUUUUGGACUUCUGGGUUCUUCCCAGGGUGUCUUUACCUACUCCUCGAGCGACAACGCAAGUAUGCGCACAAUCUUCGGCGUAUAGGUCUUUCACCUACGGAUCAUGUGCCACACGAACUUCAAUUGCAAACUACGCACGAUCUCGGUUUUAUGAUUGCGCCUUGGGCUCGAGCGGCCUGGGAACUUGAGAAUGAUGUAAGAGGGUACGAUACUGUGAUUACAGCAGCGAAAAGCUUGGCGAGUCGAUAUAGUCCGGUAGUAGGAUGUAUUAGAUCUUGGGAUACAUGUGUCACUAAGAGAUACUCGUUUCAGGACCUGGAUAAGAAUUUCUUGGUUAUUGUGGAUAAUAUGAUGAAUUUGGAUAUGCUCUUCUGGGCUGCGGCGGAAUUGAAAGACGACAAGAUGUACGCAGUGGCGCUAAACCAUGCCAAAUUAAGCCAGCGCUACCAUGUUCGAGCCGACUUUUCGACUGCUCAUGUGGUCAAUUUUGAUCCGGCUACUGGUGCGAUGAAAUCGAUCAUCACGAACCAGGGUUAUUCGGACGAGUCUUGUUGGUCUCGUGGACAGGCUUGGGCGAUCGCAGGAUUCACGCAAACCUAUCGGUGGACACGAGACGGCUCUUUUCUCGAAACCGCCAAGAAUUGCGCGGAUUAUUUCAUCAAACGUUUGCCUCCAAGCGGUAUCCCGCCAUGGGAUUUCCAAGCACCCAAGAAUGAACCGCAGCCUACCGACACAAGUGCAGCUAUGAUCGCCAGCUACGGGAUGUUGUUAAUCCAUGAAGCGGAGAUUGCGGCUGGGCGACCGAGCACAUACUUGCAACAUGCUCUCCGAAUUAUAGGAGCCGUAUGUACUUCGCAUGUGAACAGCCCAGCUGAAUAUGUUUCGCAUGAUGAUUUUAUUGAGACGCCUGAUGGGAGGGGGCUGGGCAACCAGAAGGAGACAAUUGAUAUGGGCAGUGGCGCCGAAACAAUACUGAAUGGUGCUACGAUCAACAACUAUGAAUUUGCCCCGCGCAGAUGGGCGAACCACGGGCUAGUAUAUGCGGAUUACUUUUUUCUGCUCGUGGGAAAUAAGCUACUUGAGAUGGGCAUUGGCGAGGGCCUUGUUAGAGGUUAG